GUCGCGUUCCAGCCCAGUGCGGGCCUGCAGAAUGGGAGGAACGGUCUGAGUGCGUUCAGCGCUAUCUGCAGCGGCAGACUGCGAGAUGUUCCCCUCAAACAGGAAAUCAGCUGCCAUCCUGCUGCACAGCUGAUAAAGAGACCCUCUGCCUGGAGGUGAGCCCUCCAGCGACCCGCUUGAUGCUGGCUGUUCGCGUUUCCGCCCCCCACGUUGACACCGCGAGACCCCCGCGCACCGCACACACUGGAGGAGUGGAGAGAGGGGCCGAGUGGUUUUCCUGAGGAGGUGUGUACGCUGGAAUGCCCGCGGCAGAAUGAAGCCUCCGAGUCAAGCUUCACACCUGUGUGCCCGGAGGGGGCGUGUCCAGAUGCCGUCCGUUUCUCGGAGUGACCUGUGGAGAGCGACAUCCUGUUUUUUAGCCCCUCCUCCCCGCACGCUCCCACCCCACUGACGUCCAGCCCUCAGUGGUGGCCCACCCUGUGCCAGCCUUGGUUGGUCACUGGCCUGUGUGGGAAUGGUGUUGGCAGUUUUGGCAGGCAGCUGUGGGGAUGGACGGGCACCUGAGGUAGAGAAGGGGGGGCAGAAUUCUAGCAUGGGGAGAAGAGCCAGGUGCAUCGUGCAAGAACGUAUCGGUUUGUUGACAUGAGUCCCAAUGAUUCAACUCCUUCUAGAACAUACUGCCUGUAGCCAGGAGUUGCUCCCUCAUUUGUUUGCACUUUAAAAUCCCUUGUCUGACUUGACCUGGUAGUACACGGUACAAAAAAAGACCUGGACGCAGUCAGCAGGAAGGCGAAGGGAAGAUGCGACACAUCCAUGUGGAAAUUGCACGCAAGGAGCCCCCCGUGGAGCUCCCAGACCACGGCGGGGCCCUCCCGCCCCCCAGCGCCCCGACGGGGGGGAGGCCCUACGGCCAGGAGGAGAUCAGGCUGCAGAAGGUCUAUCAGCUGUCCAUCUUCUCCCAGCUCGGGGGGUUUGCCGAAACUUUGGGGGGGCAGAGACCGACCCGGCUCGGAGGGAAGAGGGACUCAGACGAUCGGCCGCCGGGCGGCAAACACCCCUGUCUGGGUGCGGCACUGAGGGCCGCGCGGGAGCCCAAGGCCCCCCCGGAGGUCCCAGUUCAGGACGGCUCAGAGCGCAUCUUCUCAGAUGGCGGGGGCAUGCCUGCCCAGGACCCCAGCUGCCAGACGGCUGCUGUCCCCCUAGCCCUAUCCCGACACCCCUCCCAACACAACAGGCCAAUCCCCGGCCCUGAGGCUCCCCUCUCCCCCAAACCCCAGCCCCAGACCUCCACCCGGGCCUGGGAGCCCACCCCCAUAGCGACCCUCCCCAGGACCGGGCCACUGUCGGCUAACGGAGAUUCAGCCUGCGCCCCGGCCAAACGGGCCAGGGAGCACCUUACCAACGGAGAUUCAGCCGAGCCACCGGCCUCUGCCCCGACCUGCCGCACUGAACGAGCACUGUGUGACCUGGAGGCAUCGGAGGACACUGAGAGGCCAGUGCAGGAAAGGGGUGGAGAGAGGGCAGGGAGCAGCGAAUCAUCUCCUCUGGAGCCUAGCCAUCCUCAGACCACAUCCACCAAUUGCCUGGCCACUUCAGAGAAGACCCCCACGGUGUCGCGGGACGUGACCUCGGGACCCUCCCUGGGCCCCUGCCCCGCCAAGAGGAGGCUGCUGUCCUCCAGCGACGUGGGGGAGUCCUGCUCCGAGGACGAGGGGCCCUCCACCUCCAAGAGGAGCCGGCUGGCCCUGCUGGCCCCUGGCCUGGGCCUCGGGGCCUGCCGCAGCACCGACGCCAAGGGCGCCCCCUUCUGGAACCACCUCCUCCCCUCCGCCCGCGAACGACCCAAGAGUGCUGACUGCUCCAGAGUCGGAAGGAGGCUUAAAAGCGGGCUUCGACUGAAAUCGCGACAGCUGCGUAGUGGCCGGCGAGCUGAGGCUUUUCGCUCCGCCUCCAUCAGCCGCUCCCUGCUGGGGAACUUUGAGGAGUCCAUCCUGAAGGGGCGCUUCCCACCGUCAGGCCGGAUCGAGGGGUUCACAGCGGAAAUCGGGGCCAGCGGCUCUUACUGCCCGCAGCACGCCACCCUGCCCGUCCAGGUCACCUACUACGACAUCUCCGAACACAGCGCCCCUUCGCCCUUCCUGGGGGUAAUCUGCCUGGAGCCACUAGGAAAGAAGGGGUACAGUGUACCUAAAGCAGGGACCAUCCAAGUGACCUUAUUCAAUCCCAACAAAACUGUGGUGAAGAUGUUCCUGGUGACCUACAACUUUGAGGACAUGCCAGUCAAUCAUGUGACCUUCCUGCGCCAUCGAAUCUUCCUGGUGCCCGUGGGGGAGCCGGAAGGGGAACGGCAGGGGGAUGGGCCAGAAGGCAGGGCCACAGACAGGAAGAAAAUUCUCUGCUACCUGAUACACCUUAGAUUCCAGAGCUCGAAAUCUGGGAAAAUUUACUUGCACAAUGAUAUCCGGCUGCUAUUCUCCCGAAAAUCCAUCGAGGUGGACACGGGAAUCCCCUAUGAGCUGAAGUCCUUCACCGAGGUGCCAAGAAACCCCAAAUACUCACCCCGAGAUUGACGCUCUUUUCACACGACCGUCUGGUGGCCAAACCUAACGUUGGGUACGGGUAAUAGACUACUCGGACCAGAGGAAACAAACGAGGACACUUGAAGGACAAAGGCGGAAAUGCACCACAGGACUAUUUUGAGAUUCAGGGUCAACUUGCAUGCCUUGUGAUGAGGAGAAAAAAAGAACAAAAAGCUGUUAUCUUCUCUUGCUGUGUUUCAGUUAAAACUCUGCCCUUUCUUCUGUCUGUGUAACUACCCAGAGGACCAAUCCCAGGCCCACAGCAUACAUCGGUGGCCAAUGACAGAGCUUCUCUCACCUCUCAUUGAUUUAUGUGGGAGAAUGGCAAACAUGUUUAUGACAGGGAAACUGGAGUAGAAGGUCUUUGCUUGGAACCAACCAGGCGACUUGUAUGCAAGAUUAGGCCUCAUUGUUGUUCAAGAGUGUACCACCAAAUGUUGGGUUUGUGUGUGUCGGGGGGGAAAAGAUCUCUUCCCCCCCUCAAUAGGCAGGAGGAUGAGGAGCUCAAAUGCACGCAAGCACAGCUAAGUCACCUUCUUCCGGAUGGAGAGAGGCCAUGAAUGAACAUGUUGCUGCACCUGACUGGCUUGGCAGAAUGAUUCUACGGGGAGGGUGGAAAGGCACAGAUUCGACUGGACCGCUCGUACCCUGGUAGCCAUUUGCCAUCUCAUGUCUCCACCAAUCACCAAGGCUCAAACAGGCUGAAGAGCACUGUGAGCAGAGUGUUGUAUUACCGGUCAGAGUUAAGGGGAAAUGGUAGUUGUGUUUAAUUUAUUUGCAGAUGUCUUAAAGCAAUAUGCUGCACAGUUAGUGUGUUUUAUUUUUGCGCCACUCUGGCUGUGCUCCGACAGUGAUGUAUAGGGACAUCAGGGUUGUGAGGGAGGGUGGCUGGAAUGGAGGGAGGGGGGUUGUGGUAUUUAAAAAGAUAAACGUAUAUAUUACAAGCAAAAACUCAAUGGCUCAUGAGUAACACAGGUGACUGACAACUGCUGAAAUUUCAGCAUACAGUCAUCGCAUGCAGUCAUUUCUUUUGACUUGAUUCUCUUACUAUUUUCUGUAUAUGUAGGGCCUGCAUAGAAGCAUAUAAGGAAGAAACACUGGGCUUUCAUAGACUCCUUUCAAAUUGCCAGAAUCCCAAAAUUCAGGAAUCAAUUGCUCGAUGCCAUGUCAAGAUUUUUAUUUUUAUUUAUUUUAUUUUUAUAAGUUCCGGCCUUAGAAAAUAUCAGGAACUUUUGCCAUGAAAGGAACUCUAGCGUAGCCCACUUCAGUUCACCAGACAGUGAAGAUCUAAAUCUGGAUUAACCGUUUGCUCCUUAGCCAGAUAAAAUGUAAAACACAACUGGGGGUCUGGAGGGUAGACUUUAAAAAGGGAGAAACAGGAAGGAGUUUGACUGACAGCUUGACAGACCAAAUUGUGUUCUAAUGUUCAGUCCAGGCUUGACAUAAUUAGGCUAUUUUAGGCCACAGAAUCAAUGCUUUCAAGCAAAGCAGCCAUUCUGCUCUGAAGAAUUUUACACUUUUUGGAGAGAUUCUCAGAGGUGAAACAGUAUUUUAAAUUGAUAGUUCUACUGCAAGAAGCCCUUGCAAUUAUGUCGUAUUGGUUUCCUUAUUUCCAAAUAAAAGUAUAGCACAAUGUAAUAAGAAACCAAAGAAGCAAGCAGUUUUUACAAGGUUUUCUGGGUAUAGAAGAUAUUUCAAAUGGCGUACUGUCAACACAGGAUGUGACUUAAAGAUUGCAUAAUCAAUGCAGUUUACAGUUAACUAGUCUUGUUGCAAGACUGGCGAGGUUCUAGGAACAGGGUGACAAUAUAAUUCAUAUUUGUUUUUGAUCAUCAGAACUAUUUUCUUUUGUAGAGCCAAGUAUAAUGUAUACUUGGCUCUACGAAAAAGCACACUAUCCUUUUGGAAGGUGAAAUCCCCCAUUUGGACUAUUUCAGUACAGUUGACAGGCUAUACUUUUUCCUCAAUUUAAAUCAGGAGGUACUAUUGCACUAUGGAAUUUAAAUGAAAAACAGCCCAGAAGGCAUGCCAUGGCAUUAUAUUUCCAAGGACUUUUAGUUUUAGCUCUGCAUAAAUAGUAGGCAAUUUGUCAAAUGUAACCAUUCAUGAACCCGUUGUUCUGACCCCCUGCCCAGCCCCCAUUUUGAUAUAAUAAUUUUGAAGUGAAACCGAAGAAACACUACUCACGGUUUCUAGAGGGACACUGUCUUCCCAUUCGAACCAGAGCACAGUGUGCUUUCAAAGUAAUAUAAGCACAAGUGUUUAAUUUAUGUUCUGCACAUCACCCCGUGUGCAGGUGACAGGGAAGCCAUUUUAAAUCUCAGUGUAGUAAUAGCCCGACCCUGAGCUGGCACCUGUCGAAUCCCUGUCACACCCUGCCCUAGUCUGAGGGGCUCACCUCACCUGUGCUGUCACACCCUGCCCUAGUCUGAGGGGCUGCGGUCACCUCACCUGUGUCGAGGCUGGAUCGCAGAGCCAAAUCUGCAGGAUUUGCGCAGGCCUGCAGCAUAUUCCCCAAAAUCUGCAUGUACUGUUUGGGACCAGUGCGUCAAAGAAGGCCUUACCGCCCCAACCGUUCAUUUUUCACAUUUUGUGUUCUCUGUGGAGUGGGGGAGAGAAACCUGUGUUACUUUGAGGCCUUGAGUUUAUACUGAACCAGGAGUAAGCACCUGCAGCUGGUCUCUCUGUGUAUGAAAUAAAAGGAAUUAAAUGGAAAA